GCAGAAAGAGAAUUAGCCGUAGAAGAGGCCCAGUACCUUAAGCAAUAUUUCGACGCCGAACCUAACCGGUUUUUAUUCCACGGUCUAGUCGCUCAUGGAGCAUUCGGCUCUGCGCAUCGCAUUGAGGUAGCAAACCGUAUCACCGGGGACACUUAUUAUAUUUUAGUGAAAAAGGCGUUCCCAGGCGCAGAACAUCAACUGGUAAAUGAGAGGAUAUUUCUUAGGGCGCUGCGAGGUGCUCAGCAUAUAGUAAGGAUGCUCAAUCUCAAAGACGACCCCCUCAAAAAAGUAAAGGGAGAAUAUAUCAUCCUGGAAUGGUUGGAUCUUGGUACACUUUCGAAUUUCAUAAGCAAUGGCAACCGGCUUGGGAUACAGAGGCUACCAAAUCGCCUGCUCUACAGAUUCUUCUUGUGUUUAACAAGAAUGUGCAUUGCACUGGCUUACCCUCCAGGGCGCACCGAUGACGAAGAAGUCACGGAGGAGGUACAGGACGAUGUUAUACCGACAAAUAUAACACAUAAUGACCUUCAUGACGGAAAUAUUCUCCUUGGGGAUCCUCCUGCUGACGAAGAACAUGAAAUCGCCCCAAUCAUAAAAGCAAUCGACUUUGGGUUAGCUACCGAGAAUAGCUAUGCCGACCUGUUGGGCACGGGACAAGAAAGAAAUAUAUUUUAUAUUGGAGGCCUGAUGUUGGAAUUGGUUGCCAUGGAUCAGACGGUAUCUCCUUUCGACAUCGACCCGGAUAAUACCGAGAUAGUCCAGUGGCACGACGGAGAAACGGGCGAAGAUGUUGAAUUCGAAGCGCAAUCCGUCGGCCUCUUGCUUCCGUUCCGGGGUCCACAGGACCCCAUGCCGUGGCUCGACACGUUGCUGAAGCAGCUCAUCUGCCGCUGUUUAGCGAACAUUGCAGAGCGGCCAUCGCUACGAGAAUUGAGGGAUGAACUGGUGGGUGCUAUGGCGAAAACAGGCGGGAGUUAUGGCGAUCCUGAUGGGUUCGAGUCUGAUACCAAUGUAUGGGCUAUCUGGCGGGCAAUCACUACUUAUGAGCCACCACCGGAAUAUCCGGAGUAAACCUUUGAUCGCUAUUCGUCAGAAUAUUAUAGUUAACUGUACGUACCUAGGUAGUUAUAUAGCGAUGUAAGUGAUUAUGUACUUAAAUAUACCACCGUUUAUAUUUUCAUCCGAUUACGCUUGUGCCUUGGAUGGGGGGUUGACUUUUAUGGGUUGGGUGAGUCGCUGCAUGUGAAAGAUUCCGAACAAAAGUGAAACGGGAUGACUGGAGGGUCGUCGUCAGGGGGAACAAGAU